GAGUGAUGGUCCUGGUAGUGUUGCUGGCGGCGGCGGCGGCGACGUGCGCGCGCGCCGCGCUGCUACCGCAGCAGCCGGAGCGCCUGCGCGCCACGGUCGGCGGGUUCGCCGUCAUGAACUGCCACCUCGACUUCCCCUUCGGCAACGAGAUCCCCUACCACCUGCAGUGGGACAAGGAUGGUGAGACGGUGCUAUCCUGGCUGACCGGCUGGGAGUCGGCGGUGGUGGGCGAGCGCUGGAGCGGCCGCGCGCGGCGCGUGGCGGGCGGCGCGCCGGGCGGCGGCAGCCUCAACGUGUCCUCCGUGCGCGAGUCCGACGCCGGGCUCUUCCGCUGCCGCGUGUCCUUCCCCAACCGCAGCCCACCCUCGCGCAACAACGGCACCUUCUACUACCUCGACGUGGACGGCGGCACAGUGAUAGCAGCGCCGCCGGUAAACGUGACAGUCGUGGAGGGCGAGCGCGCGGAGCUGGAGUGCGGCGCCAAGGAGCCGGAAGCGCUGGUUGUGUGGAGCCGCGACGGGCGCCCGCUGUCCGAGCUGAGCGACCUAGUCGCGCGCAUCGAGCUGCCCGCCAACGGCUCGCUGGUGCUGCCCAACGCGCUCGCCGCCGACGCCGGCCUCUACGAGUGCAGCGUGCGGCACGAGGACCGCCAGCAGACCGCCGAGGCGUACCUCGACGUGCAGUACAAAGCAAAGGUGGUGUACGCGCCCGACGAGCGUUACCUGCCGCUGGGCAAGCCGGCGAGCCUGGACUGCCACUUCAGCGCCAACCCGCCGCUCACCAACCUGCGCUGGGAGAAGGACGGCUUCCUCUUCGACCCCUACAACGUGCCCGGCGUCUUCUACAGCCGCAACGGCAGUCUGCUGUUCAAUAGAGUGGACGAGUCGCACGAGGGCCAGUACUCGUGCACGGCGUACAACGCGCUGGGCUCCUCGGGCCCGUCGCCGCGCGUGCGCGUGCGCGUGCAGCGGCCGCCCGUGCUGCUGACGCGGCCGCAGCCGCUGUACCUGGCGCGCCUCGGCCAGCCGCUCGCGCUGCCCUGCGCCGCCGCGCACCAGCCGCACCACGACCCGCCCCGCGUCGUCUGGAGCCGCAAAGAUGGAACACCCCUGCCGGAGGAGCGCUUCACACCGGAAGAGGGUAAGCUGAGCAUCAGCGCCGUGGCGGAGGAGGACCGCGGCGUGCUGAUCUGCACCGUCACCAACGAGGCGGCCGACGUCAGCGCCGAGACCGAGCUGCUCAUCGAGAACCUGCCGCCGCGAGCGCCCUACAACCUGACCGCGCGCGCCACCGCCCACGCCAUACGGCUCGCCUGGGUGCCUGGCAGACGCGGCGUGGACGCGGAGUACACGGUGUGGUACCGCGAGCGCGCGGCGCACGAGUGGCGCACGCUGCGGCUGCUGUCGCGCGGCGUCACCGAGGCCUCGCUUACUAACCUCCGGGCUUCCACCCCGCACGAGCUGCGCGUGCUGGCCACUGACAGCCUGGGCGAUGGACUGUUCAGCAAGCCCCUUUUCGUCACCACCCUAGAUCCCGACGUUGACGAAAGCGAAGCUGCGUUUGUGGCAGCCGUGACGGAGACGAGCGACGGAGCGGCCACCGCGGCCGAGGACGACCGCGACGAGGACAUCGCCGACGCCGGCGACGUGGCACAGGAGCCAGUUGCAGGUGAAGGUCAACUGGAGGUGAGCGUGCGGCUUCUGGACGAGGGCGCGUUGGUGCGCUGGGCGGGCGCGGGCGCCGGCCGCUGCGACGUGCGCUGGCUCCGGGACGAACGAGCCGGGCGGCGGCUGCUGGCCACCGCGCACACCCACCACGACCACCUGCUGGUGAGCUCGGUGGAGGAAGGCGCGCGCUACUGGGCCGCGGUGACGUGCGGCGCGGCUCGCGGCGGCGCCGGCGUGUCGGUGCCGCGGUACUCGCGGCUGCGCGCCGUGGCGGGCGGCUGCGCGGCGGCGGCGCUGCUGCUGGCGGCGGCGGCGGCGGCGCUGGUGCUGCUGCGCCGCCGGCUGCCGUGCGCGCGCCGCCCGCGGCCGCCGCCGCCGCCGCCCAAGCGACGAUACUGA